AUGGGGAAGCUCGGCGAGCUCAUGGGAGACUCCUGGGACAACGCCGUGAAGAACAACCCGAUCCCGGUCAUCACGAAGAAGAUGCGCAAGCCCGGCGAGACCGCCGCCUACGUCCGCGCGCAGGGCUCCUCCCUCUUCGGCAUCGCCGAGGGCCUCGGGCUGCAGUACCGCAUGGGCGCCUACACGCAGGUUGACGACGAUUUGCUCGACGAGGACCCGGGUCUGAACCAGCUGCUCGUGUCCACCGGCAGCUCCAUCUCGCAGCUCUUCACGCAGGACAUGUGGGAGAGACACCGAGGGGUGUCGCGCUACUGGCGACACCUCGCCACCAUCACCAAGAGCACCGUGUUCAACCGAAUCGUCGAGCCUGUGUUGCUCAUCGCCGCGUGGGCGACGUUUUGGUGCCUCUGGAACGGGACCCUGGUGCCCGUGGUGCAGGCCUUCGGGGAGGCCACGCUGGAGGCGUCCAGCGGCGUCGCCAUCGUGGAGCGCAUCGCGGGAAUCACCGGCGGGGUCAAGUUCACCCACGCCGUCGCCGUGCUCGCCUCCCUCGCCGCCCCCGUCUGCGUCCCGUCCACGGCGCACGCGCUGGCGGGAACCGCGCUCGGCCUCGUCCUCGUCUUUCGAACCAACUCGGCGUCGGCGCGGUUGAACGAAGCGAGGGUGCUGCUCGGGAACAUGGUCAGGCUCGUCAGGGACCUCACCAGGUUGUGUCAGUACAUCCCGGAGGGUGAUCGAAGGUGCGAGGGGGUGAGACGGAGCGUGGUGAGGUACGCCGCCGCCAUCGGGUUGGCCAUCGAGGCGCACAUGCGCAAGGGGCGAACCCGGGUGGACCCGGACGAUCCCACGGCGUUCAAGGUGGAUCCGAGCCGAAACCUGACGAGGAUUUUCGGCGAAACGGAGGCGAAGCGGAUCGUCAACCUGCCGGGCGCGAGCCAUAACCUCCCGAUGGUGAUGAACGCGCAGGCUUCGAAGGAGCUGAGACGGGCGCUCAAGGCGGGGAUGCCGCACAUGAUCCACAGGGAGUGCGAGGAGAUGGUGGCGGAGCUCGGUAAGAUAUCCGGCGGCGCCGAGCGCAUCAUCAGCACGCCGAUCCCGCUGUCCUACACCAGGCACACCUCGCGGUCGCUGAUGAUAUGGCUGCUGACGCUGCCGUUUGCGCUCUGGGAGACGUUCCACUGGGCGACGGUGCCGGCGGUUUUCGCGCUGACGUACCUGACCAUCGGCCUCGACGAGAUUGGCAUCCAGAUCGAGGAGCCGUUCAGCGUCCUGCCCGUCAAGCCCCUCGCGGACGUGUGCGAGAGGGACGUCAGGGCGCUGGACCAGCUGCUGGAGCUGGGAGGGUUCCCCGAGGGCGACAGGUAG